ACGUCACGCAAGCAGCCGCAAGAAGAAGAUGAAUCUCGUCGACGCAGUGACUCGUGGCGACACGUCGACGGUUGACGCGCUCCUUCUAGACGGCGUCGAUCCCGACAGCUGCAACUUUGAGGGCACCCCAGCGCUUAAUAUUGCGGCGGCGGAAGGACACUUGGACAUCGCUGCACUGCUCCUCAAGGCGGGUGCCUCGGUCAACUUAGGUCAACGGAGUGGGCGGACACCGCUCAUGGUGGCUGCGUAUUUCGGCUUUGUUGAGCUUGCGCGCCUUCUUCUCGACCACGAUGCUGAUGUCAACCAGACCACCGCGACCGGCACGGCGCUCGGCUACGCCAUUAGCGGUGGCCAUGAAGACGUUGUCGAGGUGCUCGUCGCCGCUGGUGCAAAUGUGCACGUAGAUAAUCAAGUGAGCAAAGUGUCGCCCAUCUUGCUCGCGGCAAACCAAGGUCACGUGGCCAUUGCUUCGCGACUGCUCGCCGCUGGCGCCGCGGUUUCGGAUGUCGAUAUGAACGGAAAUGGCGUCAUCUACCAUGCCGCCAUGCAAGGUCAUACGGACAUGAUAUAUUGUCUCGUGCGCAAUAAGGCGGAUCCGAAUGCUACGUCGCCGUCAGGCACUUCGCCGCUGUAUGUCGCCAGCGCGAAGGGACAUAUUGACGCGAUCAAAGCCUUGCUCGACGCCGGCGCCAACAUCCGCAACCCUGCAGCGGACUCGUGCAUGGUCGCUGCGGCCAUGCAUGGCCACUCGGAGAUUGUAGCGUUCCUGCUCCAAGCAGGAGCUGACGUGAAUUGGACGACUUCGUUGGGCAUCACAGCGCUGCACUCAGCCGCGUACUGUGGCCACGCGCACAUCGUGCGGCAGCUAGCGUAUGCGGCAGCCAAGCUCGAUGCGCGGACCUUUGACGGGAAUACGCCCGUGACAUUUUCUCAAAACAAGGGGCAUGCAGAGGUCCUUGCGGUCCUGCAUGAAGUGCGCGUCAAAAAAAUGGAGAUGUUGCAUGCCGCCCGCCACGGUGACGUCAACACUGUCCAAGCUCUGCUUGCGGAAGGUCUCAGCGUCAACGAGACGGACGAGCAUGCGAAUACGUUGCUGCAUCUGGCUCUCCUCGGUCGGCACGACGACCUAGUGUCGGAGCUCCUGAAGGUCCCAUUGGUGGAGCUCGACACCUGCAACGAGUUUGGCGAGUCCCCGGUAGCAAUUGCAACCAAGUUGGGAAGUCGGUCGCUCGUUCGCGAGUUGCAUGCCGCACACGCUCCCACCGCUACGCAGGUGGCGGCACGCCCGACGGCAAACCUGCAAGUGCUCGGCCGCGGCAGCUACGGCAUCGUCUUCAAGGAUCAACUUUCUGGUCAAGACGUAGCGCUCAAGACAGUCGUGAACUCGAGCAGUGAGGCCGCCAAGAACCUCCAAUAUGAGAUCCACGUCCUCGAACACACCCCGUCGCCGUACCUUGUGCGGCUGCUUGCGACGGCGGAUGCCGCAUCGAACGCGCCGCAGCUCUUUUUCGAGUACAUGGACAGCGGCAACCUUACCUCGUACCUCGAGAAGGUGGCCAAGGACGAAGAGAGCCUUGUCACCUACACGCCCAUCGAGAUUCUCUGGGUCGUUGCUAACGCGCUCUACGACCUCCACGCCAAGAGCGUCGUCCAUCGUGACAUCAAGCCCGACAACAUCCUCCUCUCCUCCAAAUACUACAUCAAGGUGGGUGACGUCGGCAUCGCCAAGGAGGCGACGACGAACAUGACGACGGGGGCUGGCACCAACAAGUGGCGCGCGCCCGAAGUGCUAACGUCCGGAAGUCGCUACGGCACACCCGCCGACAUUUACUCGUUUGGGAUUCUCCUCCAGACGCUGUACCCUAACCCUACCGAUGCAAGCACUCAGUGGGUCACGACCCUUGCAGCAGACUGCACGGCAGUGGAUCCAACGCGGCGUCCGACGGCGGCCAAGCUCAUCAGCAUAUUGCUGCCCAAGCUGCAGUCACAGCAGCACCUCGUGGCGUCGAUGCCGGUCUUUGAGAAAGCCCGAGCGGCAGUCCUCCAAGAGGUCGAGGCCAUCGUUGUCCCACCGCGGGAAGUGUCCGAGACGACGACGUGCAGCAAGGAGCCCCCCAUCAUUGCUUCGCUGCAGACUGAAGCGCCUCUCAGCAAGGAGGCUCAAUUCCUACAAGCCGUGCGUGUCGGCGACGUGGACACGGUGCGCGCCUUCCUUGCGAGUGGCGUCCACCCCGAUAGCUCGUACGAGUCGCGCGAGACUGCACUCUCAUUCGCAGUGUCUCGUGGCCACCUCGAGAUGGUGAAUUUGCUACUUGCAUACAAUGCAAAUGUCAACGUUGCGGCGACGAACGGCUUGACGCCACUGCACGAAGCAGCUCCAUACAGCACGGUCGUGAUGCUUCAAAAGCUCCUCGGCGUCCCCAACAUCCACCUCAACCCGCGCGAUAUCAAACAACGCACGCCUCUGCAUUAUGCGCUGCAUUUUGCGCUGGAUAACCUUCCGGCAAACGUCACCGCGCUCGUGUGCGCUGGCGCCGACCUGGAAGCGGCCGACGACGAGCUCAAUCGGCCGCUGCACUACGCUGCGAUGCUCGGCAACCUGGCCAUGACCACGCUCCUUCUUCAGCACAACGCGCGAAUCAACGAGCGCAACAAGGACGGCGAGACGCCUCUGUUUGCUGCGAUGGUGCGCGAGCAUACCAAAGUGGCGGCGCUGCUAUUGAGUGAGCAAGCCAACGCCAAUGUCCUCGUGAACGGACAGAGUGUGCUCCACUGUGCCUGUGAGCGUGGUCUUGCCGACAUCAUCCUGCUGCUUCUCGCGAAGAAGGCCGACGUCAAUGCCAAGCAUAAUGGAUACUCGCCGCUCGCGGCAGCGGUUGUCGGCGGGCACACAGACGUCGCCGCCAUCCUCCUCUUGCUGCCCCACAUUGACCGCAACGAACGCCACGAGAGUGGCUUGACGUUGAUGCACUUGGCAGUGAGCUCGGGCAACGCCGACGUUGUCCGAAUUCUGCUCCAGGCUGGUUUCGACUUUGACGAAAGAGACAGCACGAUGCUUUUGCGUGCUGUCGACUUGGCCACAUGCCUGCAGAACAGCGCCGUGCUCGAGGCGUUCCAACCCGUCGAGGACCAUCGGCUGGCGUUGAUGCUCGCUGUCGGCCGCCACGAUGUGACGGGCUUUGCGACGCUCCUCCAAGAGCCGUACAGCUGCAACGUCUACGAUGAGGUCGGGUGCUCGCUGGUGCAUAUGGUGGUGCUUGCGAACAACGAAGCAAUCCUCGACCUGCUUCUCGCCAAGCCAAACGUCCGCCUCGCGACGCCGAACCAUCAACACAAGACGCCACUGGCGAUGGCCAUUGAGCGCGGCUACACGUCGAUGGCCAAGAAGCUCUUCCAUACCGUGCACCCCGCGGUGUAUAGGAUUUCGGCCAGUGACUAUACCGUGACGACGACGGAGCUGGGCGCCGGCGGGUUUGGCAUCGUGUACCUAGGUUUGUUCGAGGGCCAAAAGGUCGCGAUCAAGAAGGCUCGAAGUGCCAACCACAUGGCGUCCAUCAAGGCUGAAGUCGAUGCACUCCUUGCGUGCCCGUCGCCGUACCUCGUGCGGCUUGUCGCGAUCGCAGACCUCAACUCGGUGGCGCCAACACUUCUGUUUGAGCACAUGGACGGCGGCAGCCUUCGUUCGUUCCUUGACAAGAAGCGGUUGAACCAACGCACGUCGGCGCGCGUGACCAGCCUUCAAGUGGCGUGGGUCGUCGCCAACGCCUUGAGAGACCUCCAUAUUAGAAACAUGGCGCACCGCGACAUCAAGAGCGACAACGUUCUCUUGAGCUCCAGCGACGAGAUCAAGCUCGGUGACAUGGGGCUGGCGCGUAUUGUGGCAACCGAGAUGACGGAAGCACCCGGCACGCGUCUUUGGAUGGCGCCCGAGAUCCUUCGCGCCAGCGGCACCUCGUAUGGUCUUUCCGCCGACAUUUACGCGUUUGGCGUGCUUCUCACCGAGCUCGCCACGGGCCAGCUGCCGUACUUUGACCAGAACGUUCAGGACCCGAUCGCAUUUGUGCGCGGUGUCAUCGACGGCACUCUUCGCCCGACGCUGCCGUCCGAGUGCGAGCUAUGGCUGCGCACACUAGCAGACAUGUGCCUGCGUGGUGACCCGGCGGAUCGCCCGACAGCGGAUCAGAUCGUUGAGAUGCUUCGAAACGAGAUGGUGGCUGUUCCGACAGCGGCCAUUGAUGCGCCGACAAUGUUCCUGCGUGCGGUGGCAAGUGACGACGUCGACGUGGUGGCGCAUCUCCUCCGCGACGGCCUCUCGCAUGGCGCUACACUGCCGGGCGACACCUCCCUCUUGGUGGCGGCGACCAACGCGGGUGCGAUCGCGACUGUGCGGCUCCUCCUGGAUCGCGGCGCCAACGUCAACGCCUUGAUCGGCGGUCAAAUGCCGCUGCACGAAGCUGCGACUCGCGGCAACGUGGACAUCCUCCGCCUCUUUUUGGAUGCGGGGGCCCACGUCGACGCGCAAGACCACGAGGGCAAGACGCCAUUGGCAUGCGCAGUUGGUGCGGCAAGCGAGUCGUGCAUCAAGCAACUUCUGGCGACGGGGAGCGACGUCUCCAUUCCUAAGACGAACGGAAUGACACCGCUUAAGACUGCGCAAGACGCCGACGAGAUAAACGAAGUGCACCGCUUUGUGCCCUUGCUCUUGCUCGCGACGCACCGGGACGAUGCGAACGCACCCGAGAUGUUUUGCAUCAACUGCGGCAGUUGGCAUCUCGUCGAGGCUGACUGCAGCACGUGUGGGCAUCGAGCGUCGACACACGACCGCGUCGUGGCCGUGCUGCGCCGCUUGAUUCAGCUGCACCUACGCGGCCACUCGGUCAACUGGGCGCGGAAGUGCACCACCUGUCGCAAGGAGACCAUGCUCAUUGUCGACACCAUCUGCCCCGACUGCUCGGAAUCACAACCGAGAACGAAUGAGGUCAAAACGAUGAGCGCGCGCUUGAAGGUGGCGCUCAAGACGCGACGCGCAACCACCGAGGAACGACCGCUUCCGUGCGGCAUCCUGCGGUGGCUGACCAACUCGACAACCUCUGCCGCGCCGUCCCACGAGCCGCUGCGGUUGUACUUGCCUCGGCAAACCUGGACAGGCGGCAACCGCGACACGCCUCGGACCAAACCGUCGCCGCAGCGGACACUGGGUGAGUUUUUGCCGUGGCUCCACGGAGACUGCUUCGGCAAUGCCGACCUCGCCCGCGCCGCGUACGCGGCGGCGGCCGAACCCGUUUUUGAGGUGCCCCGCGCGGACUUGCCCGAGCCUGGCGUUCCGUUCGACUUGCAGGACCGUGUGGUCACGCACCGCUAUGUCGGCGACGACGAUAAUCUUGAGGCUAUUGCAGCUUGCCCGUCACCGUUCCUCGUGACGGUUGUGGCCACUGCGCCGCCAUCGAGCAUGCUUGUCGAGUACGUGGUCAGCAAAAGUCUCCGGUACCAGCUCGACGAGCCGUCGGUGCGUGCGAUGUGGCCUGUCGAUCCGUCAGUGAAGAUGCUAUGCCUCUACACGGUCGCCAACGCCCUCGUGGAUCUCCACGCGCACGGCAUCGUCCAUGGCCACCUCUCGAGCUACGAUGUGAUUUGGAGCUCCACCGAAAUGUACCAAGUCGACGUCCCCGGCAUCGUUGGCCUCGACGAAGCGCGGCUUGCGUGGGUGGCGCCCGAGGUGCUUGCAGGCGACUCGCCACCGUCAUUGGCGUCCGACAUGUAUGCCUUUGGCGUCGUCAUGACCGAGAUUGACACGUUCGAGUUGCCCUUUGAAGACGAUGGUUUGGACGACCGUGUCGCUUUAACGACGGCCGUUGUUGACGGCGGCCUGCGUCCAACACUACGCGACGAAUGCGACGACUGGUACCGCACACUCGUCGAUCGCUGCUUGGCCGCCGAUCCGGUGGCGCGCCCGACGGCAUCGGACGUCGCCAACUUUUUGCAAGCGUUCAUCCAUGAUAUCGUGACAAAUUGAUCGCGACAAAGUGCCCACAAAUCUCCAUUUAACUCAGUUUGAUGUCUGAUAUGCA